GUAUAUUCAUCAGCGAUAACGUACACAUGACCUUAGCAUAUUCAUGUAAAAUUAAACUAUAUACCAUUUACAAUUGAAAAAUAAGAGAACAUUGUUUGAUUAUGACCACACAUUUUACAAUCAAACAUUAACAAAGAGUCGAUUUGACUUUCGGUAUGCAUGUUGCAUUUGUUGCUUGCCACAAUCAGUGAGCAACAUUGAUCAAGUGAAACAUAGUUUGGAAAUAUCCGGUUUGAAUUUGUUUUGUCGAAAUAUGAUCUCGUCUGUGACAUUGUUUAGAUCAUGUGUUGUUGUUGUUUCAAAAUCUAUAACAAAAUCUGUCAUUACUAAAUCAUUCGUAAGAGUGUUAAGAAGCAGGGAAACAGAGCGUUUUUAUUCACAAUUUUCUACGAUGCGUCCACAAAUCUAUUGUACUCGAUCAGACUUUCCAGCCGCUGGUAUUGAUUUACUGCAGAAUGAAUGUGACAUUGAUGGUUGGAAUGAGGCAUCGGUUGUGCCACGAGAUGAAUUAUUGAAAAAAGUCGUUGGAAAGGAUGCACUGUUCUGUACGUUAACCGAUAAAAUUGAUGCUGAGGUAAUUGAAUGUGCCGGGCCAAAUCUAAAGGUCAUAGCUACAAUGUCUGUUGGUUAUGAACACAUCGAUUUAAAUGAGUGUAAGAAGCGAAAAAUUCGCGUUGGUUAUACACCAGAAGUGCUGACCGAUGCUGUUGCUGAUUUAACGAUUGCAUUGUUAUUGGCAACAACACGACGUCUAAUCGAAGCUAAUAAGCAGGUUCAUUCAGGUGGCUGGAAAUCAUGGGAACCGUUGUAUAUGUGCGGACCGGCUAUUAAAAAUACAACCGUCGGUAUAGUCGGUUUUGGCCGUAUCGCCCAAGAGGUUGCCAAGCGAUUGAUUCCAUUCAAACCAAAGCGUAUUAUUUACUCAAAUAAAUCGAACAGCCGUGAAAAGGAAGCCAGAGAAAUUGGGGCCGAACGUGUUGAUGUGAAUGAUUUAUUGAGAACAAGUGAUAUUGUUAUACUUUUGUGUGCAUUAACACCAGAAACAACGCAUUUUAUUAAUGCCCAAACAUUGAACACAAUGAAAAAAACGGCUGUAUUAAUCAACUGUGCACGAGGUCAGGUUAUUGAUCAAAAUGCAUUGUACGAUGCACUUCGUACAAAUAAAAUUCGUGCGGCUGGCUUGGAUGUAACCACACCAGAACCAUUGCCGCUCGAUAGUCCAUUAUUAACGUUGAACAAUUGCGUUAUUAUUCCACAUAUUGGAAGCGCCGAAAUUGAAACAAGACAAGAAAUGUGCCGAAUCACCGCAUUAAAUGUGUUGGGCGCAUUGAAAAACAUCGAAAUGAUUUAUGAAUUGUGAGAUUUUAUUUUAUUUUUGAUGUAAUGUAAAUAACAUUCUGUUUCAAAUAAAAUAAAAGAGCGCUCCGAAAA